CUCUCUUUCUGCCGUGACGUCAGGCGGAUUUAAAGCUCUCCGAGCGUCUCCGGUCGGUCCCCUCUCCUCCUCCUCCUCCUCACAUUCAUCUUCCUCGCCGGGCUGAACACCGGCCAAUGCUUCACACCACCCCUGCCCUGGGUGUCUGUCCCAUGCGUGGGAAGCACAACAAAGUCAAGGGCUUUACUUGAGAGGGUCCAAAGGAGCGAGAAAAAAGGGGAGCAUUCCCUUCUACUUUGAAUUUGUAGACUUUCUCGAACGAGAGGCUCCGAUUUCAGCGAAAAUUUCGGCUCAUACCGUUUUGUCACGGAGGACAAAAAGACGACAGCGCUGAGACAUGAACGAGUCGUUAGUGGUCAACGAGUCCUUUGCGGUCCCUGUGGCUGGAGAAGCUCUCCCAUGGAUGGGAGCUGAUUCUCCAGAGCGCAACAGCAGCCUGGAGUUCUCCACUGCCCCGUUGGAUUUCCCCAUCAAUCCGUGGGACAUUAUGCUCUGCAUGUCAGGCACUGUCAUCGCCUGUGAAAACGCCAUAGUGGUAGCAAUUAUCUUCUACACACCGACACUAAGAACUCCUAUGUUCGUGCUGAUUGGAAGCUUGGCCACAGCUGACCUGCUGGCCGGCAUGGGAUUAAUCCUGAACUUUGUGUUUCAGUAUGUGAUAUCCUCUGAGACUAUCAGUCUUAUCACUGUAGGAUUCCUGGUGGCCUCCUUUACUGCGUCCAUCAGCAGCCUUUUGGCCAUCACAGUGGACCGUUACUUCUCCCUCUAUAACGCCCUGACAUACUUCUCAGAGAAGACGCUGCAGUAUGUACACCUGAUGCUACUGGGUACCUGGGGGGUGUCUCUGUUUUUGGGCUUGCUGCCAGUUAUCGGCUGGAACUGCCUGGACGAUCCAGCCUCCUGCAGCAUCGUGCGUCCUUUGACCCGGAGCAAUGUCACACUCCUGGCCACCUCCUUCUUUGUCAUCUUCAUGCUCAUGCUGACCCUCUACUUCAAGAUUUGCAAGAUUGUUUGCCACCACGCCCACCAGAUCGCCCUCCAGCAGCACUUUUUUGCCACGUCACAUUACGUCGCAACUAAGAAGGGGGUCUCCACUUUGGCCAUCAUCUUAGGGACAUUUGGUGCCAGCUGGCUGCCCUUUGCCAUCUAUUGCCUGGUGGGCGAGAAGGAGUAUCCAUCAGUGUACACCUACGCUACACUGCUACCAGCCACCUACAACUCCAUGAUCAACCCCAUCAUCUACGCCUACAGAAACGCAGAGAUCCAGCGCUCCAUCUACGUGCUUCUCUGUGGCUGCUUUCAGACCAACAAGGCAUACCGGUCAAGGUCACCAAGUGAAGUCUAAAAUGGUGCUAGGGCUCUUUUUGUGUGUGUUGUGUGUGUGAGUGUUAG